AUGACUUCCAACGAUAGAACAUAUCGAUUGUCGUAUGAGCCACUCAACCGGCGUAUGGUGCAGGAGUGGCAGCUGUCCGGGUGUUUUGAUAAGUCUUUUGGCAGAUAUCACAUCGUGCAAUCCAAAUAUAAUGGCCAGGAGGAACGGUACUGCAAGCAUGGGUAUCACUGUUAUCCAAGUGCUGAAUCGCACCAUUAUGUCAAUUUGACUGGCUGGUACUACUCACUGAACCCAGAUAGCAGUGAAGAGAAGCUUCAUCUGAAACAGAAGAAAGCUGAGUACCGCCUACCCAACGGCUUCUUUUGGGAGGAUUGGUCAGAUAAGGUACCUUGGGACAAAUUGCCGGCGAUACCUGAUCGUUGCAUCGAGAAUAUCAGCCGUCCCCCUGCCUGGUUUUGGACAGAACUUGAACGACGGGAGCGGGAGCGACCCUCAGCUGAGAGAACUGAACGACAAUACAAAGAAUGGUGUGGAAACGACGUCCUUUCCCAAGCAUACAAUAAUUCAGACUGGGACCAACAUAGCGAAUGGAAUAUGCCGAUUGUCGACGAGAAUGUGACGUUCAGAUCUGCGAGCGAGACCUCGGUGGAAUCAGAGAGCGACACAUCCGGAAUUGGUUCCUCCACUGGCCAAACUUCCCGGGAAGGGCUACCUGAGAAUAAAACGCCCCAAAAGAAGAGAAUAUGGACUUCAGAAAAGUGCACCGGCGUCAAAUCCAAGCCCCAUCAGUGGAAGACCGCAAGGCCAGAGAAAGAGCCUGAAGAGCGCAACGAGCAGAAGAGACGGAAGAAAGCCGAAAGCACCCAAACCGAGAAGCAGAAGAACUCUCCAGACAGAAUGCAAGCCCAAAAACGAAAGUUGGAGGAGCAGGAGUCUCAGGACAACGCCGAAGGAACGAAGCCUAGAAACAAGAAGCACAAGACGCAGAUAAUACUCGAGGUGAAACAUAAGAAAGCAGGCUGGGGAAAUCCCUCGGACGUACCAAAUCGAAAGCGGAAGGCCAACAAUGAAGACAAGGUGGCGAUGACUCCGAUUGCUGUCAAAAAGAAGAGACGCCACAUGAUUCAGGAGAGUAGUGCGGCCACCGGGGCCGGAAUUUGCUAG